GUGAAAAUUUUUGAGAAUUUAGUAAAAAUCAAGAAUUUAUUUAAAUAAAAAUUCUUCAACAAAAUGAUUUCAAUUAGCGGAAUAUUUAUUGUCGUUGUGGCUUUGACGGCAACAUUAUGUGCAGGAAACCCUGCGCCUCCACCUCAUCCGACUCGUGCUCCGCAAUACGGCAAGGAUGCACACCACGAUCAUGCACAGGGCAAAUAUCAACCAACCAAUGACGGCAAAUAUUAUCCUGGCAAUGAAGCCUAUCACGGUGCAAAUGGCGAAUACCAUGGUCGUUAUGAACAUAAUGUUCAGAGUUAUGUUCACGUGCACGAUAACCGUGAAUUAGGCAAAUACGUUCACAUACACAAUCCUUAUGGCGGUGGCUAUGGGCCUUACGCUGGCUCCAACAUACCUUACCAGCAUGUUGAUGUUCCUUAUGAUCACAAUAAAUAUACGACAACAACCACUAAAAAACCCACUACCACUACAACCACUACCACUACAACUACUACUACAACUCCACGCAGUAUACUUUUCAAUUACGAUGACGAGGGACGCCAUAAGAUCUUACAUCAGGAGAAUGUCCGUAAAACGAACAAAUACGAUCAUGCCUUUUUAACAGAAAACGGUAUUUAUGGCGAGGAGAAGGCUAAACUGCAUCAGGGCGGUGGCACCCAUGCCGAAGGCUAUUACGAAUACACUGGCGACGAUGGUAAAUUGUAUCGCGUCAAUUAUAAGAGCGAUAAUGGCGGUUUUAUGCCUGAGGGUGAACACAUUCCUACUCCACCACCGAUCCCGGAAGCUAUUGCUCGCGCUUUAAAAUAUGUCGAUGAUAAACGUAAAGAAAAUGGCGAAAAACCUUUAUUCGAUGAACGCGGCUUCCGUAUCGAUCAUAUGAGCAAAGACGUUAUGGCGAAAAUUAAAUCCUUACAUGUCGAGGACAUGCCACGCGAUAUUGGUGCACAGAUACGCGAAUUGCAAGAACAUAUGGAUUAUUAUCUCGGCGUUGGGCACUAUUAAUAUAUGAAGACAGAGGAACAGAAAAUCGCAUGAUAUUCAUAAGCAUCUGUUUCAUUGCAAUAAAGCACAUGU